GUUUGGCCAAACCAUCACCUGUUGCGUAGCGGUUCACACGAAGCGAAUAACUCUGCGCCGUUUCCUCUGCAGCGGAUUGAGAUUUUGCAAAAUGUAUGGAGAGUUGACAUAACGCCGGGAAAUAUCAACAGUUUGAUGCAUGCGCUCAUAUGUUUUAUCCAGUAACCUCAUCUUUAACCCGGGAGUCGCCUUUCGCCCUGAACGCUUCUGUGUCCAAACUGUAAACUUCGAAGAUCUGCGUGCCGCGUUUAGCCCCACUCAACCCUAAACAUUUGGCCAGGAUGGACCAGCUCUAAUGUUAUUAUAAUGGCCUACUGUUAUUAUAAUGGCCUAUAAGCCUUUGUCUCGCAAUUGGGGUCAAGCUGCUGUACGUUUAUUAUAACAAAGAUCUCUCUCUCUCGCUCUCUGUCGCGUACCGGCAAUUGCUUUCACGCACAACGAUGGGCUCUGAGAAGCCAAACUUUCUGUCACAGCCCGUCGUGAAGAACAUUUUCAUGUACCGAAACGGCGACCCUUACUACGACGCUCGCCGGAUUGUAAUAAACCAAAAGAGGGUGUCCAACUUUGAGACUUUGCUGAGAGAGGUGACCGGCGGGAUUCAAGCACCAUUUGGAGCGGUGAGAAACAUCUACACACCGAGAGGAGGCCACAAGGUGGACUGCUUGGAGAGCCUGCAGAGCGGGGAGCAGUACGUCGCUGCUGGGAGGGAGAGAUUCAAAAGAAUGGAUUACCUACAGAUAGGCUCGAGAAGGAAGAGGAUGAUGCAGACUCUUCCAAUGCAGGCCAGACCACUGCCACCGAAUCGUUUUAUUGUGUCAGCUCGAUUCCUGAAACCCAUCAAGGAGCCGUGCACAAUAUUUGUGGUAGCAAAUGGCGAUGUCUUGGACCCCGCAAUGAGGCUGUUGGUCCACCAGAGGAUGCUCGGCCAGUUUGACAGAAUACUAGAGAUGAUCACAGAGAAGAUGGGUUUGAAAGUCCUGGGGGGUGUCCGAAGUCUCUACACCUAUGAAGGCCAGCAGGUGACUGAUGGGAAUCAGCUGGAGGGCGGUCAGCUGUAUGUGGCUGUGGGAAGAGAAAGGUUUAAGAAGCUGCCCUACAGUGAUCUUCUCUUCACCAAACCAAGAAUGACAAGGAGGGUCAAUGGAAUGAAAGCUUACUCUCUACCGCCUAUCUACAGAUUCUCCAGGCAAAAUGGAAAUGGUACGUCUACGGUCCGAUGCAGUGAUAGUGGAGAUGGAGACUACAAGGCAUCUCCUCCAGGCCACAAUGGCCGCAACAAGGACCACAUAUCCUCCAUCGUCAGAGAGAUCUCUCAGGCCAAACUCAAGGCCCUCAGGAAGAGGAGGAGUGGACAAAGCAUGGCUCUCGGCAUAUCUGACAAUGAUGACCUGGAAUCAAAGGAUGAUGAUAGAGAUACUGAGGACAAGACCCCCCCAGACCAGCCAGCCGAUGAGAAACCUGCAGAUGGUGAUACAAAAGCCGAAGACGAAAAUGGUGAAAAGGCAGGAGAGAACGAGGAGGCUGAUGCUUCUGAAAACACCACAGAAGCAGACACUUCCGCUAGCAAAGAAGAAAAGAAUGAAAACCAGAACACAAGUGGCGAAAAACAGGGAGGGGAAGAGAGGGAGGAGAAUGCCGAGCAAAAUGGUGAAAAAGAGGGAGAAGCAACAGCAGGAUCUGAGGAGAAGGAGAACGAAAUAAAAGAAAAAGUGAAGGAGGAGGUCACGGAUGAAAGUAAGGAGGAUGUUAAGAGUGAGUCCAGUAGUAGCAACAGUGAUAAGACCCAGGAGAGUAAAGAGAAAGAGAAUGGAAGCCAUUCAUCUUCUGAGUGUGAAAAGGAUGAGCGAGACAAAAAUAUAGAAGAAGAGAAGCAAGAUAAAGACAGUGAAAAGGGUGAGAGAAGCAGUGAGGAACAAGUUAACGAUGUAGACAUGGGGGAGGAACAGAAAAAGACAGAAAACAGCAGUGACUCAGGGAAGACUCCGUCAGAUAACGAGACAAAAGAGAAUGUUAACGGCAGAAGUAGCAGUAGCGGCCGUAGCCAAGGAGAAGAUGUGAGAGAAACAGAAGAGGGAGCUACCAAGGAGUCAGGAGAAGAUGAGAGAGAGGUGAACAGAGAGGUCAGUGGAGGCGAUGAUGAGGUGGAAAAUGGAGCAGAGCUGGACAUGCACGAGAAUUCAGCCAAGGAUGCAGCAAAUGGAGAGGAAGAGGUGGAUGGUGACAAAGACAAUCCAGGAAUGUAAGAGAAAAUUGUGGGAUGGGCAGUGUUGAAAAUAGUAAGCAAUACUUUACAAUAUACGAUCUAAAAGUAAUGAAGGUGGCAGAGGAAAUUCACAGAAAGUGAAAGCAAGGGUUGUUUUACAGUGAUGUAGAAUCUGCACUGAGAAGUAAACGAGCAAGUAGUAAAAGCUUUGAAUGGCUGCUAAAUGAUGUCAGGU